UCCAGACGUCAUCACGCAGCGACAAGGAAGUGUGCGCGUCCUUCAGUUGGCUCAUUGCUGCUGUAGGGUAGCCAUACAAACACGUUACAAAAGUCUUGUGUUUGUGGUUUAGUAACAUUAUUAGGUCGAUAUUUCGGGUUUUAUGGAGUGACAGAGGCAAACAGCAGCGGUGGUCGGGACUAAAAAAUCCUCUGUGAGGUUUUAAGCCUUCAUUCAGUGAGUAACAAGUCAAGCAGUGAUGACCGCUCCAAACUCUGCAGAGAGGAAGGCGUGCUGGGACGCCAGGGACUAUCUCUGGAAAUGUCUGGAUGACAACAAGGACAACGUUGCAUCCUGCCAGAGCUUCCAGAGCGAGUUUGAGGCAAAAUGCCCUGCUCAGUGGGUCAAGUAUUUUACGAAGAGGAGAGACUUCUUGAAAUACAAGGAGAAGAUGCAGACCGAGGGUUUCACACCUGCUGAAGGCCCCCAGCAGCCCUCCUAACCACUGGACAGCAGGCAGACAAAGGCUGCAGACUUUUUGCCUUAUUCAGAUCUGGGGCAGAGGUGAAGGACUUGGAGAGAUUUCUAUCCUUACUGUGGACAGAGUACCUGUGCUUCACCUUCAUCUUUAUUUAUUUGUACAGAGAUGAAAGCUGCAUUAGGAAAUUUUACAGCUCCAAAUGGCAGCGUUAGGAAUACUAAUCAAGUGGCAUCAGCUCAUUUUAUCCAACCCAGCUGAUGUGAGAUUCUUUAUAACAAAGGAACCAAAACAACAAGAGAGCAAAAACAUCCAUAAUUAGUGAAUCCACUUUUCUCAGUCAGUCUGGAUUUCGUCUGAAAAUUACUUGUAAUGUUGUCACUGUGGACAAACUUCACUACUGUUUAUUGUGGAAAUUAAAAUGAUGUUUGAUGUUUGAA